AUGGAUGAAGAUGGUAGCAAAGAUUCUCAUCAGGGCCUAUACGUCGAUGGUAUGGUAUAUACCAGUGACUCGCAAGCAUUAAUUGAUCAAUUUCAAGGUGAAAUGAAGAAGAAGUUUAAUAUGGCGGACUUGGGACUGAUUAGAUACUUUCUUGGGUUGGAGAUACAUCAGUCAAUUGGAGGAGUAUUCCUAUCACAGACAUGGUACAUUGAAGAUUUAUUAAGAGAACUGAAUAUGAAGCAAUAUAGACAUGCAGAUACACCAAUGGGGAUUAAUGAAAAAUUUCUAGACGAAGAUGAAGCUAAGUUUAUUGAUGCUAAGGUGUACAGGAGUUUGAUUGGAAAACUUCUGUAUGUUGUGCACACUAGACCCGAUAUAUGCUAUGCAGUGAAUUUCCUCUCAAGAUUCAUGAGUAGACCAAAUGUGAAGCAUCUUUGUGCAGCUAAAAGGGUGGUAAAAUAUUUGGCUGGAACUCUGAAGCUUGGACUGUUCUAUCCCAAUAGAAGUGAAAAGUGUUUGGAGGGCUUUACGGAUAGUGAGUGGGGUGGUUCUUUGAACAAUCGAAAGAGCACCUCAGGUAUGUUUUUCAGGCUCUGUUCCUGCGCAAUCACCUGGGGAUCAAAGAAGCAGGAUGUUGUGGCACUAUCAUAA